AUGUCAUUAGUUCAGAGAUUUUCUCUGGCACCAGGAUUUAAUCCCGACAGAGUGGUGCCAGCAGUAAAUAGUGAUUAUUUCGCUCUGCCGACUACACGAACCACAGUCGGGGUUUGGUCAUUCGACAAGCUCGAACAUCGUCACAAGCCUCUCGAAUUACAGGGUCAUCGGCGGAGCAUCUCGGCCCUUGCUUUUGGAAAUAGUUGCGGUUCUGGACUCUUGUGUUCGUGUGCUGAUGACUAUGUUAUCGUCUGGGACAUUCCGAAAUGUCAACGACAUUUCGAUGAAAGGAAAUCCAUACGAGGGGAGAUAAUCGCAACUACAAUCGGCGAAACUAUUCAUUGUUCGUUUAGUGCAGACGACACAUUGGUGGCCGUCUGUGUAGAUAUCGAUGUCCAUAUUCUUAAAUCGGAUUCACAAACAACUGUAGCUCUUUUGGACGGACAUUUAAGUCGAGUUAUAGGGGCGGAAUUCUGUCCUCACUACUCUUCAACUGUGGUCAGCAUUUCGGAGGAUGGGACUUUCAAAAUUUGGGACCUCGAAAACAAAACUCUUGUGUAUCAAAGCUGUGUCAUUACGUCCUUUUCUCUAGUCAGUUUGUGUAUGAAUUGGGCAGAUCCUACGUUUAGUGUCGGAUCUUCAGACGGAGUCGUAAGAACUUACGACCUGACUGACGGAAAUGAUUUCCGAAAAUUGCAUCAGGUGGACAUUGAAGGCAUCGUUCGGAAGAUGAAUUCAACUAAAACUUUACAAAAUGCAACGAAACCGAAAGAUUCUAAAACUAUCAGCAGUCGGGCGACAUGGAACAAAACUGAAAAAUUCAUUCCGCAAAUGGAGUACAAAAAUGAGGGAGGGGAGUCGUAUUGUGGGAUAGUCGGGCUCUGGUAUGCGUAUUCCAACACACAGACGAACGCAGACGCAGACAAACCCGAGUUUCUGAGAAACGCCGUAACGGACGUAAUAUCCAACAGGCCAACAAUUCUGAUGGUAUCAAUAACUUCCGGUUUGCUGCAGAUUGACCCCAAGACUUUAGAAACUCUGGAAUAUGUCGAUUUGACCGAAUCUAUCAGAAGUGAGGGAAAUUUUGCGUCUAAUAGUGUUAUUAUCAAUGCUUUGAACUAUGCCUGCCUUUCUUAUGGCAAGAAUAUUGGCGAUGUUUGGAUCGUAGCAGGAACGUUGUUUGAGAAUCGAAUCCACGUGCUUGACUGGACUUUGUCCGAAACGAUGUGUCACGAUGAGGAAACUGUGGAGAAUCUAGACACAGCGAUGGAUUUACUUUCGUUAAAUCCGGAUUUGAAUCCGGAUAGAGACAUGCGAUCAAAAACCAUGGAGCUAUGUUUCAUUGCGGUAAAUCCUUUACGCGAAAAUUCUAUUCUGAAUUCUAGAUUAGAACCAUUAUCUAAAACAAAAGUGAAUCCUCUGAUGCGGAGAAAGCAAAUGUCUUUAUCGUCGACGAACAGAAGGAACUCCUACUCGAACCACACAACAACUUUCAAAAAUAAGAUCAAAUCCUCGGGGUAUGCCCAGCAAGGACCCAAAGCUAAAUUCUUUCAGCCAAAUGUUGGGAAACCUAAACAGACAACAUUGAUGAAGAGAUCAACAUCCUGCGAUCCUGUUUUGCUAGUUCAAGAGUAUCCAACUAAAUGUGGUCCACCGGAUGUACUUGUCCACCAAGAGAGUCUAUCUGAAACCCCAACUCCGAUACUUUCAUUGCGUUUCUCUGGAAAUGGGAACCAUCUUGCUUGUAGCCUCGCCAACAAAUUGGCAAUGACGUUUUCUAUGCCCUUGAAAAAGGCGGGAAGCGUUUUUCAGGGUCAUGACGCAGCAGUUAACUCAAUGGAUUGGAGUCACGAUAAUAAGUUCCUGUUGACGUCAUCGGAUGAUCGUUCUGUGAUUUUGUGGAAUGCUGCUUCCGAACCGAUCAUGAAGAUGGCGACUAUAAAUAACAAUUUCUCCUUUCUGGAGUCCGAGACUACGAAUAAAAAUAAUCCGUCUUUCAGUAAAGAAAUACGCCAGGCUCAGUUUUAUUACAUGGACAAAUUUAUCUUGCUGAUAAGUGGUAACACGUUCUAUAUGUAUAAAUACUUCUUGGACCAAACUAAAGACGAUAUCAAACGCUACUUGACUAAAUCCAAAUACAAACUUGUGAAAUCCUGGGCAACCGAGAGUCAAUCGCUAACCGCUCUUGCGGCCAUGAACUCGUUUUACUCUUACGUUGCGAUCUGUGCCGGUUCGAAUCGCAGUUUUGAAGUGUUUGAUUUGAAUGAAGGUCGUAGUGUUACUGUGGUCGAAGACGCACACGCAAGACCAAUUCACGCAGUGUCUCUUAAUGGAGGGUCUAACUAUGUAUCGCAGCCAUCUUCUGCUUACAACGUUUUCGCAACCACAGCUGUAAGUGAUUGCAUCCGACUAUGGGAUAUCAGAACGAAACGGUGUGUUCAGAGAUUUGAAGGACAUCAAAACAAAGCUCUCCAAUGCGGAAUUGCUAUCAGUCCUUGUGGACAGUAUCUUGCUUCCGGUUCCGAGGACAAGCUGACGUAUAUAUUUGACAUACGAACUGGGACAUAUUGUGAACGAUUACGGGGACAUACAGACGUUGUUUCGACCGUCUGCUAUCAUCCGGCCAAACCGAUCCUAGCUUCUGGUAGCAUCAAUGGAAGUGUGUGUCUUUUCAAACCAGAACGAUGGAAGCGCUGA